UACAGAGGCUUACUUCAAGCUAUUUACAUGUACAUAAUUAGAAAAAUAAAGAAAAUACGAGGAUAGCCUACUGCAUAUAUACAUAAGUAUAUUAACGAGACGUUUUUAUUAUAUAUAUUUUAAGCGUUUCUGUGAAGAUCUGUCUAAACAAUGCAUGCAUGAAAUGAGCGUCCCUUAGCAAAGCAGUGCUCGUGACGCACGUCAACAUCAGGUGUUUAGAGACUAAACACACGCGUUAUGGCGGAGAGCAGCGGUCUAGAGAAACUGGAUUUCGGAGCUUUAAGCACCGAGCAGCAGGAGAGACUGCGACAGUUCAAGAUCAAAACGAGGAUCUCUAAUGAAAAAUAUUUGAGAUCUCAUCCAGAAGUAGACCUGUUAUUAAGUGACUUUUUAAGGGAGGUGUUUCAGAAAAGACCUACAGAUAUCCGAGAAUUUGCAGCAGGUUGGUUUAAAGGAGCAUUUCAGUGACCCAGGACUACAAAAGAAAAUUGAGACUCAAAUGAAUAUCCAUAUGUAAACAUUUAAUAAAAUACAAAAACGCUAAUGGUGUGUUCAUGUCAUAAUCUCUCUCUAUAAAUCAUCUAGCACCUCUGUUAUAAGCAGCAAUUAAUGUGUUGUACUGCAUAGGGGAGAGGGCAGUCCAGACUUGUUAAAAGAGUCCAGUGAGACAAGCUAAAUUAAACAGAUCUUUAUGUUCUUUCUAUAUGUCCAGAUAGUGUUUCAGUGCUGAUAAUUAUUUUAAUUGUACUGUUAUUACUGUGUUUUUAGUUUAACACAUUUGGCACCAUAACAAUUUAUGUAAUAUUAAGACAAAAGUUAAAUAAACAAUGGUUGACUUG